CCUCCUUUUCCUGCAACGAGUUUCUUCUUUUUGGUUCCUCCUCCAUUCCUCUCGUCCGAGCUCUCCGUGAGAUCCCAUCGCGGGGAGAGGCGGAAGCGGAGGAGAAUGCGUAAUAAACCCUAGAUUUCUCCAUUGUGGGGUUCGAAUCCGGGGGUUUCUCGGAGUCCUUCGUCCCGCGGCGAUGGAGAUCGUGAGCAAGCUCCGGAACCUGGACGCGUACCCCAAGGUGAACGAGGAUUUCUACAGCCGAACCCUGUCCGGGGGCCUCAUCACCAUCCUAUCCUCCGUCGCCAUCGUCUUCCUUUUCUUGUCCGAGAUCAGAUUAUAUUUGUAUUCUGCUACAGAGACUAAACUAAUAGUAGAUACUUCAAGAGGAGAAAGGCUACGUAUCAAUUUUGAUGUCACGUUCCCAGCCUUAGCUUGUUCACUUGUUGCUGUAGAUACCAUGGAUGUUAGCGGAGAGCAACAUUAUGACAUAAAACAUGACAUAAUAAAGAAAAGAAUUGAUCAUCUUGGGAAUGUAAUUGAAUCAAGACAGGAUGGUGUUGGUGCACCUAAGAUUGAAAGGCCACUACAGAGACAUGGUGGAAGGCUUGAGCACAAUGAGAGUUACUGCGGUUCAUGUUAUGGUGCAGAAGUGUCAGAUGAUGAUUGCUGCAACUCUUGUGAUGAAGUACGUGAAGCAUAUCAGAAGAAAGGUUGGGGGCUGAGUAAUCCGGAUCUUAUCGACCAGUGCAAGAGGGAGGGCUUCAUCCAGAAGAUAAAAGAUGAACAAGGUGAAGGUUGCAACAUCCAUGGGUUCUUAGAAGUCAAUAAAGUUGCUGGAAAUUUUCACUUUGCCCCUGGAAAAAGUUUUCAUCAAUCAUUCAAUUUUCUGCAAGAUCUGUUGAAUUUUCAAACAGAACACUAUAAUUUAAGUCACAGAAUAAAUAAACUUUCCUUUGGAAGAGAGUUCCCGGGUGCCAUAAAUCCGCUUGAUGGCGCGAGUUGGGCUCAUCAAACAUCGUCGGGGAUGUACCAGUACUUUAUUAAAGUUGUUCCUACCAUCUAUACUGAUAUUCGAGGACACAAAAUUCAUUCAAAUCAGUUUUCAGUGACAGAGCACUUUAGAGACGCAGUGGGCUAUCCAAGACCUCCUAAUGGAGUGUUCUUCUUUUAUGAAUUUUCACCCAUCAAGGUGAUUUUUACAGAGGAAAACUCGUCGCUGCUUCACUUCUUGACAAAUAUUUGCGCUAUAGUAGGAGGAAUUAUCACUGUCGCCGGAAUCAUCGACUCUUUUGUCUAUCACGGCCACCGGGCAAUCAAGAAGAAGAUGGAGCUGGGGAAGUAUGGGUAAUUCGAUAUUAAGGUGAGAUACUUCCCCACUUACCACUUUUGCGGUAUCUGAAUAUCACAGAUGCAUAUGUUACAUUAAAUAGAUGCAGUACAGCAGUGGUAGUUAAUAUCGACUUAUUAGCUCGAUAAGCAUAAAUUGUUUCAUAUCUUUUGUGGGGCUUUCGAAUAUUUCUACACAAAUUUUUCAUUAACUAUGCAUCCAUAUUUUCAUUUAUUAGUA